AGCAGUGGUUUUCACUCAAAUGACGUGGUUUUUAAAGUGUCUUACUUGAUUUCUUAGCCAAAUACAUCAAAUAAGUGUUUUAAACACUUGGUUUUUAUUUUGGAGAACUUUGAAUUUUUCGGUCGGGUUUCGCAUCGGUUGGCUAGGCCGUGGUUAAGGCAAAAACCAUGGGUUCUUGACUAACCACCCACCCAGCGAUGGGAAGAUCUUCCCAUCGAUGGGUAAGCGGUCCCUAAGCCAAACCUACUUCCAGAACCAUGCCAAACAGCGAUGGGGAGUUCUACCCAUCGCUGUUAAAGCCUUGGUGCAAAAUUAUCACAAGGCAGAACGACCUUACCCAGCGAUGGUAAACCUAUCCCAUCGAUGGGAACCCAGCGAUGGAAUUGGAGAAGGUCAAUCAACCUCUAGGCCACCGCUCUUUGAUGGCACCAACUACACAUAUUGGAAAGAGCGGAUGAGAAUUUAUAUCCGCUCAACCAACUUUCAGUUGUGGUUGGUCAUCAAGAAUGGCGAGGAAACUCCAAUGAAGAAGGUCGAUGAAAAACUCGUCCCAAAGACCGAGGACGAAUUUGAUGCCGAAGACAUCAAAAAGGUGGAGAACUACGCCAAGGCUAUCAAUAUGAUGUACUGUGCCAUCAAUCCUGAUGAUUAUCGCAAGAUUUCUUGCUGCACCACUGCAAAAGAAAUGUGGGACAAACUGGAGGUCACUUAUGAAGGUACGGACCAAGUUCGGGAAGCCAAAAUUGACUUCCUAACGCAGGAGUACGAGAUGUUCAGGAUGAAGGAAGGUGAAAAGAUCGAUGACAUGUUCGAUCGGUUCUCAAAAAUCAUCAACGACCUUCAUGCACUCAAGAAGACUUACACCAACAAGGAUCUUGUGAGAAAAAUUCUGCGAAGUCUCACACCCGAAUGGAGAUCAAAGGCAGAUGCAAUCUAUGAAUCCAUCGGUGUCUCAAAUGUCACCAUCGACGGGCUAAGAGGUAAUCUCAAAACCUAUGAAUCUACUAUUCUAACCCCGUCUUUGGAUGAACAAAAGAAGAAGGGAAUAGCACUGAAAGCAACCAAGGAGACCGUGGAAGAUGACUCAAGCAAUGAUGACAACGAGUUCGGACUUGUCAUCAAGAAAUUCCACAAAUUUAUGAAGAAGGAAAUUGAGCGCAAAGGAAGAAAGCACGACGGUCCCCCGAAGUGCUAUGGUUGUGGUGAGAUAGGCCACAUCAAGCCAAGGUGUCCAAAAAGCAAAGGCGACAAGGACAAACCUGGCUUCAAAAAGCAACGCGCCUACAUCUCUUGGGGAGGCGACUCCGGGGAUGAGUCAACGGAUCAAGAAGAGGAGGAAGCCGCCAACCUCUAUCUCAUGGCGCACGAAGAUCAAACCGACGACGUUCAAGAGCCAAUCUCAUCAAUCUUUCGUAAGAAGCGCUUCAAUCAUGGCCGGAGGAAAAUCCAAGUCGAAGGCCUCCAAGAAGAAGGGCAACGCCGAAGCGACGACCUCAGCGCCCCCGCUGUUUCCCUACCUGGACGGCUCUUUCCUCAAAAAGGGUACCACGACCUCGACAAUCAGCUCAAGGAGUCGGGUUUGUGGCCCUUCGUUUCCAAGAGCCGCACCUCCUUCAAUCCCGCCUAUAACCGGGCCUUCUACUCAAAUCUCCGCCGGGACGGGGACACCAUCCGCAGAGCUACCUUUGCUCGGGUCGCAGAGCUACCCACCCGCGGUGAUGACAUCGCGUCGUACGGUGGCGACGAUUGGAUCCUCAACAACGAGGCCGUCGUCAUCCGUGAGCUCGGGAUCACCAACUUGAUCCGUAACAGCGGCGCACCGACGAUUCACUCGGCCCCACCGGAGAAGCGCCUCCUCCUCUACAUCCUCACCCGGAUCCUCCACCCCCGGGAUGGCAGCCACACCUCGCUCUUCAACGACGACUUGAGGGCAAUUCAUGCGAUCAUGCACGGCGCCUCCAUCAAUUGGGCAAAAUACGUCAUGAUUCACAUGGCUGAUUGUGCCUCCAUCACCUCCGAGCAGAGCUUGCCCUACGCCUUCCUCGUCAUGGACCUCAUCGUCUCCGCCGACAUCCACAUCGCCGGGCCAGACACGAAGAUGACGAAGCUCUGGGUCAUCGCCGACAACACCUUCAGGAAGAAGUCCGGAAACCGUAACGGUGCCGGAACGAGUCGUGCCCGUGCCCCUGAGCUUGCCCCCGCUCCUGCUCCCACUCGGGCCUCAUUACAGUCCAUAGCCGAUACCCUGAAUCGGCUAACCAUCACCGUGGAUGGCAUGGGCCAAUACCUGGAGCGGAUGGACUAGACGCUGCAACGCCAAAACCACGACAUGACGGCUGUCUUACUUGAUUUCUUAGCCAAAUACAUCAAAUAAGUGUUUUAAACACUUGGUUUUUAUUUUGGAGAACUUUGAAUUUUUCGGUCGGGUUUCGCAUCGGU